AAUACAUACGCAGAACGUCCAUAGUUUCGCGUUCACCGCGCUGGUAGUUUCAGCGUUCGCUAGCAAAGAAAAAAAAAGCGAAAUUAUCACGGAACAGCACAGAAAUUAACAAACAAUAUCGGACAAAUUUGCUAGAACGAACAAGUAUUCCGGAUUUGUUCCUAUUUUAAAGACUGCUCUUCGCGAAGGAAACUUAUUUUAUAGACAGAUUCAGUUCGAAGCCGUAUCAAUAACAAGGAAAAAUUUGCAAUGUCUGGAAUAGCGAUCGCGCGUCUUGGCGAGGAAAGGAAAGCAUGGCGUAAAGAUCAUCCCUUUGGAUUUGUAGCUCGUCCGGUUAAAAAUGCUGAUGGUACACUAAAUCUUAUGACGUGGGAGUGCGCUAUUCCUGGAAAGAAAGGUACCCCGUGGGAGGGAGGACUUUACAAGUUACGAAUGAUCUUCAAGGACGACUAUCCGACCAGUCCACCAAAGUGUAAGUUUGAACCGCCACUGUUUCAUCCGAAUGUGUAUCCCUCCGGAACUGUGUGUCUCUCGCUGCUGGAUGAAGAGAAGGACUGGCGCCCAGCAAUCACCAUCAAACAAAUUUUACUCGGAAUUCAGGAUCUGUUAAACGAGCCGAACAUCAAGGAUCCGGCUCAGGCUGAAGCAUACACUAUCUAUUGUCAAAAUCGUCUUGAAUAUGAGAAACGUGUUCGAGCUCAGGCUAGGGCCAUGGCUGCCACUGAGUGAGUCGUCACCGUGGGAACAUUUGGCAAAUGUAAAAUCGACAGUGAGAUAACACUAUUUCUUAACCACGCAAAUCGGAAUAUUCAAAACAGUUUGGCUGACAAGGGAAAGUGAAAGAAAUUCGUAAAAGUACACAGAAAAGAUAAAGAGAGCGUAAACUGAUUUGUUCUAGUUUAAGCGAAUAUAACCAUUAAACCGUAAUAUAAUCUUUCCUCUUUUCAAAACAAGAAAAAAAAACAAAUUCAUGAGCAUAAUUUUAAGCCUUUUUAGGUUAAUAAACCGGAAACUGAAAA